UUCGAGGCCAGACCACCACAUGUGUAUCAAUGUUUUUGGGUUUGGCAUUGGAAUAAACCAAUUUGCCUGAAAUCUUUGGCUUUUUCUUUUAUUCAUUCUAAGUGAACCGGGACUAUUAGAUAGACUUUGAACCCACACACCCUUUAAAAUGAUCAGGACUCUUGCCAGUGUGGGGAACAUUCGUUCUUUAGUAGUGUUACGUGGGGCUUUUAAUGUGGAUGUGACGAAAUGUUCCGUCCUAGGGUGCUGUGUUUCUGUGCGGAAUGUCAGGGCACGACGUAGACGUCUUCUGCCAGUGAUAGCCGAGCAGCUGGACACCCCACGACGUCGACGACCGCGUGACGUGUUGGACGAAACGGAGAUUGAUUAUCAUCAUGAUGGGGUUAUGGAACGAAUUGAAACGGGAGUAAAUUAUUACGACGAAGAAGACUUUGAGCAGAAGAGAAGGAAAACACUGGCGAAAAAGAUGUUCAUCAAACAAAAGAUAUUAGAAAAGAAGUUCUUCAAACAACCAGCAGAACCUAACAUCCUGUCUUGGAAUACAAAAGAGCAGAUCCGUCUGCUGAACAGAAAAGAUCCAGACGAAUGGACCGUGGAUAGACUGGCCGACAGCUUCCCUGUAUCCAGAGACAGCAUUAUACGAAUCCUCAAAUCGACUUACCGACCCACGACUGAUGCUGAAAUAGCCAAACACGACCAGCGUGCUCGGAAUCAUUUUCUUGCCUUCAAAUCUGCUCUUGAUGAUGAACAAAUAGCAUUUCAUGAUCACGUGAUGAGUAAGAUGAAGAUGGAAGCAGGUUCGUUAUUGAAUGAUGCUGGCAAACAGUCUGAACGUUCUCUAGUACAGGUGGACAAGAUUGGCAUGUUUGAAGCAAUAGUGAAGGACAUUCCUGUGAAAUAUGGACAAUCUGUCAAAGGACUAGAGAAUAACAGCUUUUCAAAGAAAAAUAAAGGUAAUCAUGAAAGAAAUAUCCACCAAAACACGAAAUUGUCUUUUGGCAGUGAUCGGACAAGUGGAAAAACUAGUAGAUCCAUGGCAGCAGACGAUAAACGUUUGAUUUCACAAAGAUGGCGGCAGAAUGAAGCGUCUUCAGAAGAAGAUACAAAAGCAAGAUUUAAACGAACUGAUGUAGCUAUGUCUCGUGCUGCAGCAGAUACAAAUGCUGUUCAUAAAAUAAACUGGAAUCGCUCUCUUACUCCAAAAUACGGCGAGGUUGAGGGAAAUUCAGAAUCGAGGUAUCAUCGAGAUGUUGCUCAUAAUAGAUCAAUGGCGACACGUGAUGGGAAAUAUUCAAAGACCCGUUUGACGAAGGAACAUGAAAGCAACGAUAGUUUGGAAAAUGAUCGUGUAGUAUAUGAUGACAAUGGCGAAUUUUUGUACAGAAUUCCUUGACUCUAUAUUAGAUUGUCUGUGUGGUCCUUAACCAUAUGUCUGACGCCAUAUAGUCGUAAAUAAAAUGUGUUGAGUGCGUCGUUAAAUAAAACAUUUCUUUCUAUAUUAGAUUGUCUUCACCCACCCGUCCUGUGUUACAGCUAAAAUAAAGUUCUGAAAUAUA